GAUCAAUAUCCUAAUGUCAAAAGGUUGCAAAAAAUAUUUCUUCACGGUCUUCAAUUAAUUAAUAAAUUAUAUUAGAUCCCUUUAAUAGUUUGUUAAGUAAUAACCAGAGAGUACUGUUUAACACAAGGUGAAGAAUAUGUCGGGCACAGGCCGAAAGAAGAAGCCAGGUUUGAAAUUGCAAGUGUCUGAUGAUGCUGCCCCUGCUGUACUCCCACCAGCUAAUUUAGAUACUCGUACAACAAUCACAAUUGGCGAAAGAACUUUUGAUGUUGAGGCCGAUGAUCUCUUAAAAAUUGAAGAUCUAGGAAGGGGAGCAUAUGGAAUUGUAGAAAAGAUGAGGCACAUUCCCAGUGGGACAAUAAUGGCUGUUAAAAGAAUCACUGCAACAGUAAACACACAAGAACAAAAGAGGUUACUCAUGGAUCUUGAUAUUUCCAUGAGAAGCAGUGACUGUCCAUACACCGUUCAGUUUUACGGGGCACUUUUCAGAGAAGGGGAUGUGUGGAUUUGCAUGGAAGUUAUGGACACUAGUUUAGAUAAAUUUUAUGCCAAGGUCUAUAAGCAUUUGCGAAAAAUUCCUGAGAAUGUUUUGGGAAAAAUUGCCCUGGCUGUAGUUAGUGCCUUACAUUACCUGCAUUCUCAUCUGAAAGUUAUACAUAGAGACGUGAAGCCUUCCAAUAUCCUAAUAAAUCGUCAGGGUGAAAUAAAAAUGUGUGAUUUUGGAAUCAGUGGGUAUCUUGUUGAUUCUGUUGCUAAAACUAUUGAUGCAGGAUGUAAACCUUACAUGGCGCCUGAAAGAAUAGACCCCCAAGGCAACCCUUCUCAGUAUGAUAUAAGGUCAGAUGUCUGGAGUUUGGGAAUCUCUCUGAUAGAACUGGCAACAGGAGAAUUUCCUUAUCCAAAAUGGGGUACACCUUUUGAACAGCUGAAACAGGUUGUAGCUGAUGAUCCUCCCAGGUUACCGCCGGGACAGUUUUCAACGCAGUUUGAAGAUUUCACCAUAAAGUGUCUACAGAAAAAGUACAUUGAUAGGCCGAACUACAGUCAGCUGCUGGAGCAUAUUUUUUUAGUGAAACACAAAGAAAUGAAUACAGACAUUACCCCUUUCAUUUCAGAAGUAUUAGACCUACCAGAUAAUCCCUGAGAUUCAUGUGUUGUUUCGUAGUUUUUGAAUGAAAAUUUUCGUUUUUCUUUCUGUUUUAACAAAUUAUUUUGCGCUUUUAAGUUGGAAGUUUUAGAAAUGUUUUCAAAGUUUUUCAUUCAAAAGUUUCUCAGUCUGGUUUAUUUUAACUUCAAGUUUUAAUUAAGUUUUUAAUGAAUUAUUUUUUAAUUAAUUUGGAAGUUUUUGAUAAUCUCAAGUGAAGUUGAUCAAGUUAGAAUUGUUUUGAGUACAAACUUGAAUAGAUUAGAAAAUAAUUAAUUAUGGGAGUAGUGUAUAUAUCUAAGAACACCUUAUAAACAAAUUGUGAGUACCUAAUUAUCAUGAAUGACUGCCAAUUUUUCGGUUUGAACAAAAUAAAAUCCAAUUUCAAGAAUGUAAUCUGCUAAAAUUUGUGAACGUCUGAAUACUUGUUAAGUUUGAUUUGAAUUGAUUGGAAGAGUCUGCAUUUAAUGCUUUCAAAGGUACAAUGAAAAAUAUCUACUUGUUGAUAUUAUAUGUAUUUACUAGUCCGAAUAGAAAUGUUACAGGUGAAAUUCUAAUAAGGAAUGACAUUAAACAAAGCGCACAAGUUGGAAAAAAAACUUGUUUUACAAAUGAAAGGUAAAAGUGGAACCUUUGCCGUAAAAUUAAUCCAAAAUAAGAACU